UAACGGCCAUAAUUUUUGAAGUCCCUUUUUCUUCAUCAUCUCACAUUCUCACCUCAUCUCUCUCUCUCUCUCUCUCUCUCUGUAUAUUUUAACCUAAAAAAACUCACCAUUUCUAUGAAUUAACUCCAUCUACACUGAAUCUACCUCACUAUUCAACGUUUUGAAGAACUUGACGACAGUCGAAUUCAGUUUUUGAUUUUCAGAUUUGAAUCUGGUUGACAGCGAUUCAUAGGCAAAAGUCGUGAUUUGAAGAGCGAACUCUAACGUUAUGGAGAAGAAAGGAGGAAAUACAGUUCCCAGUUCACCAUCGCACACCCCGAGGUCCACUGACAAGGCUGUAAGAGAUCUCCGACAUGUAGAAGGAAAUAUGAGUGGUAAACAUGAUAAAGAGAAAGGCGUGAAUGUUCAGGUUGUUGUGCGUUGCAGACCAAUGAAUGCUGAUGAGGAGAAAUUGCACACACCCAUGGUUAUUACAUGUUCAGAAAACAAGAGGGAAGUAUGUGCAGUUCAGAAUAUCGCUAACAAGCAGAUUGAUAGAUCAUUUCUGUUUGACAAGGUCUUUGGUCCAAAAUCCCAACAAAAGGACUUAUAUCAUUCAGCAGUAUCUCCCAUAGUUUUUGAAGUUCUUGAGGGAUACAACUGCACUAUAUUUGCUUAUGGCCAGACUGGAACUGGAAAAACAUACACAAUGGAAGGAGGAGGAAGGAAAAAGAAUGGGGAAUUCCCAAGUGAUGCAGGUGUUAUUCCCAGAGCUGUGAAGCAGAUAUUUGACAUAUUAGAAGCCCAAAAUGCAGAAUACAGUAUGAAAGUUACAUUCCUAGAGCUAUACAACGAAGAGAUAACAGAUCUUUUGGCUCUUGAAGAGGCUUCAAAAUAUCCAGAAGACAAAUCCAAGAAACCCAUAGCACUCAUGGAAGAUGGAAAAGGUGGUGUUCUUGUUAGAGGCUUGGAAGAAGAGAUAGUUUCCACAGCUGAUGAAAUAUACAGAAUCUUAGAGAAAGGUUCUGCUAAAAGACGCACUGCUGAAACCCUUAUGAAUAAGCAAAGUAGUCGUUCUCAUUCCAUAUUUUCUAUCACAAUUCACAUCAAGGAACGUACUCCUGAGGGAGAAGAGAUCAUUAGAUGUGGAAAGCUUAAUCUUGUUGAUCUUGCUGGAUCAGAAAACAUCUCAAGAUCUGGUGCAAAAGAGGGUAGAGCAAGGGAAGCUGGUGAGAUAAACAAAAGCUUGCUUACACUUGGCAGAGUUAUAAACACACUAGUUGAAAGAUCAGGACAUAUACCUUACAGGGAUAGUAAACUAACAAGAUUGUUGAGAGAUUCAUUGGGGGGAAAAACAAAGACAUGCAUAAUUGCUACUAUUUCCCCUUCAAUCCAUUCUUUGGAAGAGACACUCAGCACAUUAGACUAUGCCCAUCGUGCAAAAAACAUCAAGAACAAACCAGAGAUCAAUCAGAAGAUGAUGAAAUCUGCAAUGAUGAAGGAUUUGUAUUCUGAAAUUGAACGACUUAAGCAAGAGGUAUAUGCUGCGAGAGAGAAAAAUGGGAUCUUUAUACCAAAAGACAGAUAUCUUCAGGAAGAAGAAGAGAAGAAGGCAAUGGCUGAAAAAAUUGAGCGCAUGGAACUUGAUUCUGAGUCAAGGGGCAAGCAAAUGAUGGAGCUUCAAGAACUUUAUAACUCUCAGCAGCUAAUAACUGCAAAUUUAACUGGAAAGCUUGAAAAGACAGAGAUAAAGCUCCAAGAAACUGAACAUUCAUUGUUUGAUCUUGAAGAAAAACAUAAACAAGCAAAUGCCACAAUCAAAGAAAAGGAAUUUCUCAUCUCCAAUCUUCUUAAAUCUGAAAAAUCACUUCUUGAAAGAGCGUUUGACCUUCGUGGGGAGCUUGAAAAUGCUGCAUCAGAUGUAUCUAGUCUAUUCACCAAGAUUGAACGAAAAGACAAAAUUGAAGAUGGAAACAGAAUUCUUGUUCAACAAUUCCAGUCUCAAUUAACAAAUCAACUAGACACCUUGCAUAAGACUAUAGCAGCUUCUGUAACACAACAAGAACAACAACUUAAAGGCAUGGAAGAAGAUAUGCAAUCUUUUGUUUCCACAAAAACCCAGGCAACUGAAGAGCUUAGAGGUGCACUAGAGAAUUUAAAAACAAUGUAUGGUUGUGGUAUUAAAGCUUUGGAUGAUAUAGCUGAUGAGCUUGAUGGAAACUCAAAGUCAACAUUUGGACUUCUAAAUUCUCAAGUCUCCAAAAAUUCUUCUGCUCUUGGGGAGCUUUUCAAGGGUAUUGCAUCAGAAGCUGAAAAAUUGCUUGAUGAUCUUGAAAAGAUUCUCUACAUUCAGGAAAAUAAACUGACUGCAUAUGCACAACAGCAAAGAGAGGCACAUUCUAGAGCAGUUGAAACAUCAAGAUCAAUAUCCAAAACCACUAUGACCUUCUUUGAUACUUUAGACAUUCACGCAACAAAACUGACAAAAAUCGUUGAAGAUGGUCAAACGGUCAACGACCAACAACUAUUUGACCUCGAAAAGAAAUUCGAGGAAUGCGCUGCAAAUGAGGAAAAACAACUUCUACAAAAAGUCGCAGAGUUACUUGCAGUUUCAAACGCUAGGAAGAAAGAACUGGUUAGAACAGCAGUGGAUGGUUUACGAGAGAGCGCAGUUAGUAAAGCUAAUAAAUUCGAGCAAGAAAUGUCAACAAUGAAAGAUUCAAGCUUUUGCAUAAGAAAUGAGUGGAAAAAUUACAAUGAAAAAGCUGAAUCCAAUUACCUUCAAGACACUAACGCAGUUGAAAUUGGAAAAAAAGAUCUCGAUGAGAUUCUUCAUAAUUGUUUGGAAAAGACGAAAAUGGGUUCACAACAAUGGAGUAGUGCGCAAGAAUCAUUGCUUGGUUUAGAGCAGAACAAUGUUGCAUCUGUGGACGAAAUUGUCAGGGGAGGAUUGGAAGCCAAUCAGAUAUUACGAUCACGAUAUUCGUCUGCAGUGUCAUCUGCUGUUGAUGACACAAAUGUUGCAAGCAAAAACCUUCUUUCCUCGAUUAACCAUUCAUUACAACUAGACCAUGAAGCACGUGAAAAUCUGGAUUCCAUAAUUGUUCCUUGUUGUGGAGAGCUUAGAGAAUUGAAAGGUGGACAUUACCAUAAGAUUGUAGAAAUUACCGAAAAUGCUGGGAAAACACUUUUGAAUGAUUACACGGUUGAUGAACCAACAUGUUCGACACCAAAAAAGAGGCCAUUUAAUCUACCGAGUAUUACGUCUAUUGAAGAGUUAAGAACUCCAUCGUUUGAAGAGCUGUUGAAAUAUUUUUGGGAUUCAAAAUCUUCUUCUUCUUUGAAGCUACCGAAUGGAACUACAAGAGAUUCUCGACUUCCGCUUACUGCUAUUAAUUGAGAUAUAAAUAUAUAAAUAUAUGUACAGAUAGAUUUAAAUUUAGGAUUUGAAUCUGGAGUGUACCUUUUUUAAUUUUUUAUAUUCUUUUGUGAUCUCGUAUUUGUAAGAGUUCAUAAUUAUAUGAUUGUAUUGGUUUCAUAUUGCUCGAUAUGAGAUUUAAUAUUUGAAGUGCGAUUUGUCGAUUUCAC